AUGAUCAUGCAUCUCCAAGGGCGCAAGAUCACGGAAAACCCGGACAUACUCCGAGACCUCGAACUUGCAUCGAAGUUACAGGAGGACUUUAGAAAGUGGGUUCGGAACAGUGUGCACACACAGAAUCUCAAAGAUCUUGGGCUGUCCACGACGCUGAGGUUUUAUCCCAUCAAUUAUAUCUAUGGAGAAGAACCUGUUAUUCCCGAAUUUACUGAGCCACGCCGUGUCCGGGAGAAAUCUGAGGUGACAAUCUAUUACCCUCCUGACGUGCGGGCCCUGCUGGGAAGCAAUGGCGCCAGAGCGGAUGCGUAUACAGUAGGCGGAACGAGGAUGCUGAGUCUAGCUGUGCUGUCGAAGUCCCUGGAUAUGGUGGAAAUGAUGCUGGAAUUUGGAGCACACCCCAACCAGUGUGAUCUGAUUGAUGAAAGUACGCCUCUCGCCCAUGCGACGCACACGCCUCACCCGGAGCUGAUUCCUAUCAUCCACUUGCUUGUCAUUGCAGGCUCAAGUUUGAGUCAGGGGAAUGUUAUGGCCGGUAUUUUGCGAGCCUUCAGCCUAGACAUGGUUCUGAAGGCUGUUGUGCAAGGAGGUUCCUUCGGCUUUAUAGGGGAUGAAGGAGGUACAGCUCUUCACUCUGCUGCAUUGCGCAACGACCGCAUCGUGCUUUGGCUGGUCAAGAAUCGGAUGCCUCUCCAAACACCCUUCCUGGCGAACUUCUUCAACAUGGGCAUCGAAAUCAACAUCAAGUAUAAUCGCGGUUGGACAGUCCUCCACGAGGCAAUUUCUUUGGGCCAAACCGGGGUGGCGAUUGAACUGAUUGAGCAAAAGAAAAUUCGCAUCGAUGAUUUUGAUCAGUGUGGACGUACUGAGUUGCAUCUUGCGGUUAGAAAGCGAAACAUGCACAUCAUCCAGGCGCUUCUUGCUCGAGGAGCAGACAUUAAUGCUCUACGCUUUGCUAAGGGUCAGCCCAAGAAUGGCAGUCCUCUGCACUUCGCAGUUCAGGAGACCAGCGCGGGGAUGCUGGAUUGUUUCCUAGGGAGUGGUCAACGGGAAAAUCCGGAUCUGAAAGACGGUUGCGACAAGACGCUGUCUCAAGACGUUAUGCUCAUUCCAAAUGGAGCAGUACAAGGUCGUAUCCAAGCCCUGCUACUUCGAAAGCGAAGCAGGCCCUAG